AUGAAUGUUGCAAAGUGGUUGUUCUGGGAUUUCCAACUCUUGGAUUCCAAUAUGGAUGGUAGGAUCUCGCUGGAAGAUUCUCAUCUUUUACUUCAACAAACGUUGGGAGAUGAUAUUGUUGAACAAAUAUGGAAUCAGUUCUUGAUGUCCUUAUUAAAUACUGACUUUGGGGUGUGCUGGGAAGACCUUGAGAGAUGGAUAUUUGGAAGAAGUGAACUGUUUAUGAAAAACAAGGUUACAAGUCAUCUUUCAGACCAGUUAGAACCACAGAACAGACUUCACUCUACAAAUGAAUUAUCACCUAUGGCAACAGAUGAAUAUAUGAGUAACAAUGGCUGUCAACAAGUUACUAAAUCUACAGAAGAAGAAAAUCAAUGCCCCAGAGAUCUUAGCAAGUUAGAAGGACCUUCAGGAGACAAUGCUGGAAAUAAUUUAGAUGCUAAGAAUGAGAUCCCCCUUUGGCAUGUGGCUAAUGAGCAGAUACUGGAGGAAGCAACAUACCAAGCAAAUUGGAAAAUGUCUGAUAAUCCUGGUGCAGAUGAAGAAGUGUUAGAAUCACAUGAACACGAGCAAUCCCUUGUUACCGUGACAUGGAUACCCCAAGUACUUCAGGAAGGAGCCACAGGAGAUGGAGAGGAAAACAUCAAGACAAAGGAGCAUGCUGUAUAUUCAGAUGACUUGGAAAAGGAUGAAGACAUCCAGCUAGUAGAGGUCAUAACUGUUCCAAAGAUCCCAGAAACUAAAGUGAAAAAGGAUGCAUUUAGUCUAAAUAGUGAUCCAUUAUGUCUGAAACUUGAAGAUAAGGAACAAAAGCCAGGAAUCAUCAAUUCAGAUGAUGCUGAAAAUGAUGCUGUCUCAAAGGAAAUGAAUAUUGCAGACAAACAUGAUUUGCAUAAGAAUCAAGAGAGCCAGGAUGCUGGAAACAUUUCUAGUAGAAGGCUACCAGAAGCUAGAACUACUUCCAGCCAAAAGGAACCAGAGUCUCAAACUGUACACAGUGCAAUCAACAAUAAUAAACUCCAGCCAUUGGAAGAAAAGGGUCGAGAUAAUGCAAGCAACGGAGAAGAUGGCAACCAAAAUGAUGUUGUUUCAGAGAAACUGGAUGCUACAGACAAAAAUAAUUUACAGGGGAAUCAAGAGAUCCAAGAUGAUGUGAUCACUUGCAACACAAGAGAACCAGACCCUCAGACUGCACACAGUGCCAUCAACAAUGCAAAUCUUCAGUCCCUGGAAGAAAAAGGUCAAGAUAGUUUAAUCAACACAGAAAAUGGCAGCCUAAUUGUAAGUGCUAGUGCAGUCAAUGCAUUUGUUUACUUUAACAACACUAAAUGUGAACACAAGCACCACCCCUUUCAGACUGCUUCAUCUAUUUCUAAAUACAUUGUAUGGGGAAUGUUAAAUAUUUAG